AUGAACAUUCGACCCUUCCCGAUGAAGUUGCUAGUUGUGGUGAUGUUUGGAUGUGUCGACGCGGCUAUCCCCAACAAGACUGACUUCAGUACAAUCUUCGGGUCCAAGCCAAUAUCAUGUUUCCAAGUGACAUUCAGUGAAUACCAUCUGCCCGAGGUCAGAGUGAGUCUCUUCGCUGAGUGCCCUGAUGGAGACGUGAUGGAGCUCCAGCUGAAGGUUAUCCAGAAUCCAGACAAUGUUUUUACCGUGGAUACCGCGGAUGCUAAGACCAAGGCGCAUUAUGACGAAUUCAUCAACCUAAGUAAACCAAGGUGUUAUGAUAUUGUCAAGAUGCAAGAGGGAGACAUGAAAAAGAUUACCUACAGAGUGCUCAAAGGAUUCGAAGUUGUCGAGACGUCUAUUGGAGGAAUCCAAAGGCAGCUCACGCCUGGCAGGUGUAUCUAG